AAAAUGGCGUAUCUCCAAUGACAAUAUGUUGGCUUUUUAAUGAUUUGAUCUAAACUUAGGUUGUGUAAAGUUUCAAUGAAAAGCUCAUUUAUGUUCUUAAGGUUAUAGUGUUUAUCUAUGAUAAUGUGUAUAGACAUUAAAAAUAAACCAAGAAGCUAGCUCUAAGUGAUAGCAAACAUGGAAUACAAUUUUACUUUUGAACUAAAAAAUGUAAUUAAAAAAGAAAUGGAGGAAGACAUUUUGUCAGCCCCAACAUCUGAAGAAGAAUCUCCUAAGUUGUCUUGGAUGUCACACUGCGAGCCAAACCUUUCUCUUGAUCAGAGAAAUGGGAUGAAAGAAGAAAGGAAUGACACAAUGUUUACACCAGAAGUUCCAGGAGAAGAAACAGACAAGUUGAAUUCAUUGUCAGACUUGAAACAGGACAUCAGUUAUGAAAUGAGAGAAACACCAAAUCUUAAACAUUUCCAGAUGCAGUUUGAAAAACUUGAGCAAGAAAAAACUUUUUUCAAAGAAGAUAAAAAACAUAAUAAAGACAAUAAAUGUCCAACAUGCCUGAAAGUAUUUCCAACAUCUUCAAAAUUAAAGAGACAUUGGCGAGUCCAUACAGGUGAAAAACCAUUUCAAUGUCAAAUAUGUUUGAAAGCUUUUUCUGAGUUAUCAAGUGUAAGAAAACAUCAAAAGGUCCAUACAGGUGAAAAGCCAUUUAAAUGUCAAAUAUGUCUGAAAUUAUUUUCAACACCUUCAAAAUUAAAGACACAUCGUCGAGUUCAUACAGGUGAAAAACCAUUUCAAUGUCAAAUAUGUCUAAAAUUAUUUUCAACAUCUUCAAAAUUAAAGAUACAUGGUCGAGUUCAUACAGGUGAAAAACCAUUUCAAUGUCAAAUAUGUUUGAAAGCUUUUUCUGUGUUCUCAAAUGUAAGAAAACAUCAAAAGGUUCAUACAGGUGAAAAACCAUUUCAAUGUCAAAUAUGUCUGAAAUUAUUUUCAACAUCUCCAGAAUUAAAGAUACAUCAUCGAGUUCAUACAGGUGAAAAACCAUUUCAAUGUCAAAUAUGUUUGAAAGCUUUUUCUCGGUCAUCAAGUUUAAAACAACAUCAAAUGACUCAUACAUGCAAAAAACCAUUUCAAUGUCAAAUAUGUUUGAAAGCUUUUUCUCAGUCAUCAACUUUAAAGCGACAUCAAAAGAUCCAUGCAUGCAAAAAACCAUUUCAAUGUCAAAUAUGUUUGAAAGCUUUUUCUCGGUCAUCAAGUUUAAAACAACAUCAAAUGACUCAUACAUGCAAAAAACCAUUUCAAUGUCAAAUAUGUUUGAAAGCUUUUUCUCAGUCAUCAAGUUUAAAACAACAUCAAACUGUCCAUACAUGUGAAAAACCAUUUCAAUGUCAAAUAUGUUUGAAAGCUUUUUCUCAGUCAUCAAAUUUAAAACAACAUCAAAUGGUCCAUACCUGCCAAAAACCAUUUAUUUGUCAAAUAUGUUUGAAAGCUUUUUCUCAGUCUUCAAAUUUAAAAAGACAUCAGGUGGUCCAUACAGGUAUAGAACAAUAUAAAUGUCAAAUAUGUCAGGAAUUAUUUUCUCAGUCUUCAAGUUUUAAACAACACCUUCAGAUUCAUAACGGUGAAAAACUAUUUCAAUGUCGAAAAUGUCAGAGAACAUUUUCUUACAGAUCAGAUGUUCAUAGCCAAAACUCAAAAGAGAAACUUAAAUGUCUGACAUGUAAUGCCAUUUUGUUUAGCAAGUUAACAUUAUCAAUACACCUGGAGAGUCAAGUUAAUGGAAAACAAUUCAAAUGUAUUCUUUGCAAUAACAAUUUCUUAUCCCUGCGAGAUAUAAGAAAUCAUUUAAUGAUACACAUUAAAGAAUGCCUUUGAAAUGUGUACUUAGUAAUACAAGUUUUUGUAAUGUUGAACUACUAGAAAAACAUGUUUGUUGGCUGAAAUGUGAAUGCUCAAAAUAAAUGUUCUAUAAUUGUUUUGAUGUCAUCAUAACUUUAAUGGGGAUAUAACUAAUUCAAUUUUAAA